AUGUCUGAUAGCGAGUCAUAUUCCGAGCGCGAGCCCAACGCUUUCGACGAGGAGUCAUCGGACAGUCUCUUUGACUCCGACGGUGAAGCGGCAGGGCUUGAUGCCGAGGGCGGGAGUGAUACCGACGUCGAGAUACUCGGCGAAGGGCCCAGCUUCAUUCCAACACACGGAGUCGGGAAGGGGCUAAUGACCGCUCCCGUCCCAUUGUCCAUUGUCUACAGUGACGGCCGCCACGUGGGCCUCGGUAUGCCCGGGGAGGCGAGCGGUAGCCGUCAAUCGGAACCCUCCACUUCUGGGCGUGGAGAGUCGGUAGUCAGGCCGCCAUCUGGACCCAGGGUAUCGGUGGUGUACCCAAGCAACCCUAGGGUGCCCAUGGGGGUGCCGAAGGAAAACCUAUUCGGCGUGGACUAUCUUGGGCCGAACAAGAUUACCGAUCGGGAGAUUGCCAAGCUUCGAGUAGAGUACCGCAUUCCUGACUCGGUACGGAUGAGGAUCCCGGGCCCUACCGAAUCCCUUAGCGCGCCGAAGGACGGCGAAGUAGUUUUCUUUAUCGACGUCCUUGUGCAAGGCGUUCGGUUGCCGUUGCAGCCGGCGGUGCAGAGGAUCCUAGCCCAAAUCGGCUAUGCCCCGGGGCAAUUCAACCCCAACUUCUGGGUGGCUCUCAUGGGAGUCAUAACGGCCUUCGGUAUGGCUGGCGAAGGGAGCCCCUCCUACGAGCAGUUCUCCCAUCUGUACAGCGUCACCAAGUCCAAGUGUGCCGAUCAUGGCGGAUGGGUGCAGGCGAACUGCCUCAGGGCUGCCGAUCGAGGCCAUUUCGUUAGCUGGGUACCGACUUCACAGAAGUCGUGGAGGAAUCGGCGGGUGCUCCUCUCGGGCGACUGGGAGUCGCCUUCGGGACAGCCCGUCCGAUUUCGCAUUCCCACAACCUUCCAAAUGGCCGGUAAGCUGAAGCAGCCGAUCGCAACUCAGGCCGAGAUUCAGCAAGUGGAGAGGGUGAGGAGGAAAGUCCCUGCCGAGGAGAGGGUAUAUCCGCAGUUCCUCUUCACCACCAAUCUGAUCCGAGCCCAGCUGGUCGAUCCUGCCGAGAUGACGGAAGACAGGAGAGCUGCCGAGGCCAAGAGGAUGAACGAAUCCUCCAAACGCCGUCUCAUGAUGGGCUUCCAGGGGAAGAAGAAGAAAACCCAGCCGCAGGGCUCGGCAUCGGUGGACCCUGAGGACCAGACGCUGGCCGAUCGCCUCCGUGAGCUUAACGCCGAAUCGGCACAGACCAGAGCGAUAGCGGCCGACCCUUCUCCCCGCCGAGGCGCCACUACCGAAGGGGCUUCCUCCCGAGCGGCCGGCAAACGGCCUUUUACUGUCGAUCUAGAUGCCGAACCGGCCCCAAAACGCGGACGGCAGGCCGAGCCAACUCGGGCCAUCUUUGCCGCCGAAAAUGACGAGGAGCCUGCCGAUCCCGUCACCCUUGCGUGUCCGUCGAAGACGGUCCAGUUCGCGAACCACAUGAUCAUUGGUUCGCAAAUGGAACUGAGCGAGAUCGAGGAGCUGCCGAAGAGGCUCCUUCGGGAGGAGGCGGGUCGCGCCUUCCGUCUCCAAGCAUCGGCUUCGAUGGACAUGUGGCUCUGCAUGAAGCGGGCCAUCAAUGCCUCGGAGAAGGCGAAGAAGGCCUACGACGACGGCAGGGCCAGGGUUGCCGAGGCUGGCAAGGCUAUCCAGGACCAUGCGAACUUGGUGAAGGAUUUGCAAGCUGCCGAACGGCAGGUCAAGGUGUAUGAGGCCAAGUUCGCCGAUCUGUCGUCUGCCAUGGAGUCGACACAACUGUCGGCCAAGGAGGCUCUGGAGGCAAAGGAUGCCGUUGCGGUGGCUCUGGAGGAGUCGGAGCGUGCCAAAGCAUCGGAGAUUGAGGCUGCCGUCCAGGAGGCCAUUCGGAAGUAUCGCCACUCUGCCGAAUUCUCUACCUUGCUCGACAAGGAGGUGGGCUCGGAGAUGGUGGAUCUCAUCUACCGAUUCAAGCGGUAUAAUCCUGGGACGAAGCUCAAUUUGAACUUUAUUGCCGAUCCUCCUCCCCUUCCCGAAGGCGUUACGGAAGAAAUGAUCGAAGAAUACGAGGGGGAAGAUGCUCCGGAAGAGCCUGAAGCUGCUGAUGCCGAAGGGGCGGAUGCCGUGGGUCCUUCUUCCUGA